AUGGAGAAUGACUCAGGGUUACAGAAUAACGUCCACGUUUCGCUCCAGAUCAUCCCCUCCUCCCAGCGGGAAGGAAAUGGCUUCAAUGGAGCUGGCUCAGGGUUUCCAAUUUCCAAACCUGAUGUGAUCUCGCAGCUAGAACGAGGGGAAGAGCCGUGGGUCCCGGACCUCCAGGGCUAUGAGAAAGAAGUGCUCCCGAGAGCUGCCUACACAGGUGAUGGGAUGGUGAGUGAGAAUAAGGAGGAGAAACCCCAGGAGGAAGAUGCUGAGCAAGUGGAACCACAUGGGACGUUAUCAGGAAGAUCGAAAGGAAAUGUUUCCGGGAGUUGUGCACACCCAGAAAAAGCAAAAGCCUGUGAGACUCAGCAGAAGCCAGAGGAAAACUUCAGUAGGCACUCAGACCUUAUUACACGCGACAGAAUCCACUUGGAAGAGAUAUGCUACAAAUGCCGUGAGUGUGGCAAAAGCUUCAAUCGGAGCUCAGACCUUGUCACACAUUGGAGAACCCACACUGGAGAGAAACCCUACAUGUGCUCUGAGUACGGGAAAAGCUUCAUUGAUAGUUCAACCCUCAUCUCACAUCAGCAAAUCCACACAGGAGAAGCGCCCCACACAUGCUCUGAGUGUGGGAAAAGCUUUAGUUGGCACUCGCACCUUAUCACGCAUCAGAGAAUCCACACAGGAGAGACGCCCUACACGUGCUCUGAGUGCGGAAAAAGCUUCAAUAAGAGCUCAAACCUUAUCACGCAUCAGAGAAUCCACACUGGGGAGACGCCCUACACAUGCUCUGAGUGCGGGAAAAGCUUCAGUCGGAGCUCUACCUUUAUCACGCAUCAGAGAAUCCACACAGGAGAGAAACCCUACACAUGCUGUGAGUGUGGGAAAAGCUUCACUCACAGCUCACACCUUGUCACACAUCGGAGAAUCCACACGGGGGAGAAGCCGUACACAUGCUCUGAGUGUGGGAAAAGCUUCACUCAGAGCUCACACAUUAUCAGACAUCGUAGAAUCCACACAGGAGAGAGGCCCUACACAUGCUCUGAGUGCGGGAAAACCUUUAAUCGCAGCUCUAUCCUGAGAACACAUAGGAGAAUCCACACAGGUGAUAAACCUUAUGGAUGCUCUGAGUGUGGGAAAUGCUUCAUUCAUAGUUCAGCCCUCAUCUCACAUCAGAGAAUCCACACAGGAGAGAGGCCCCACAGAUGCUCUGAAUGUGGGAAAAGCUUUAGUGGGCACUCAGCCCUUAUCACACAUCGGAGAACCCACACAGGAGAGAAACUCUGCACAUGCUCUGAGUGUGGGAAAAGCUUCAAUCACAGCUCAAACCUUGUCACACAUCGGAGAAUCCACACGGGUGAGAAACCUUAUGAAUGCUCUGAGUGUGGGAAAUGCUUCAUUCAUAGUUCAACCCGUAUCACACAUCAGCGAAUCCACACAGGAGAGAGGCCCUACACAUGCUCUGAGUGUGGGAAAACCUUCAGUCGGAGCUCACACCUUAUCCGACAUAAGAGAAUCCAUACAGGGGAGACACCCUACACAUGCUCUGAGUGUGGGAAAAGUUUCAAUCAGAGCUCAAGCCUUAUUACACAUCAGAAAAUCCACAUGAGAGAGAACUGUAAUAAAUGCCUUGACUAG